AUGAAUACUAGGAAUGGGAUUCGGAAGGAAAAAGGUAGAGUGGAAAGACCAAGCUUAAUUGAUUUGGUCUUCUCUUGGUCUAUCAAGGAUGUUUUCAACAAUGAUCUCUAUAAAAGCCAGGUGAAGCAGAUUCCUGAAACAUUCUCCUCAGAAGCAGAAUACAUGGACUCAUUCACCACCCCUCUUAUAGAAGAAACUCGUGCCGACUUGUGUUCUAGCAUGGAAACACUCUCCGAUUCACUUUGUUGUGAAAUUGAGUCUAUCAAACAAUGCAAAAGAUUUAAACUUCCCAAAGAUUUGUUCUACGCCAUUAAAUUGACAAAAAGAAAGGCAAAGAUGAAAAAUGAUGAUGAUGAUGAAUGUGGAAAAGGAGACAUCAUUGCCAUAACGAACGUAAGACCCAAACGCAUCAGUGAUCUGGACCGACCAGGAAGACCUUACGUCAUUGCUCUUGUCCAAGGGUUCAAUGAAGUGGAUCUUACACUCUCAACAUUGUCGUCAAAACCCAUCCUGGUUGAAGACAUCGUGGAAAAGAAGGAAAAGAGUGAACGCCUUUUCGCCGUUAAACUGAUAAACUUGACCACAAAUAUUCGUAUAUGGAAUGCGUUAACUGCUGAUCCAAAAGUGGGAAACAUGAACAUCAUUCAAAACGUUCUGCACCCCCCAUUUGCAGAUGUGGACAAUUGUACUUUAUGCCACUCUGAAGAAAAAUGCGGUGCUUCACCAUUUUCAAGUAUAAAGGCUAGAGUCUGCUCUUCGGAUUUAAAUGAAUCUCAACAGGCUGCAGUUUUGAGCUGUAUUGGUGCUAGAGAAUGUCAUCAUCAGAAUACUGUCAAACUGAUAUGGGGACCUCCGGGGACGGGAAAAACUAAGACAGUUUGUUUUCUGUUACAUUCCCUCCUUAAGAUGAACAGCAGAACACUUACAUGUGCUCCGACAAACAUUGCUCUAUUAGAGGUUGCAAAGCGGCUCGUAAAAGGAGUUAGUGAGUCAUCUGCAUACAGAGGAUACGGGCUCGGAGAUAUUGUGUUGUUUGGUAACAAGAAGAGAAUGAAGAUUAAGGAUCAUGAAGAGAUUUAUGAUGCUUUUCUCGAUCACCGUGUCAAAGUACUUAAUAAGUGUUUUGCUCCGAAAACUGGAUGGAAAUGUAAUUUACUUGCCAUGAUUUCUUUGCUCAAGGAUCCAAAAAAACAGUAUCGUUUAUACUUGAUGGAAACAAAAGCGAACAACAACCUAAAAGUGAGGGAUACUAGUCCUAUAACAUCCAAAGACAAGAGGGGCAAGAAAACAUGGAAGCAAGUUAUUUCCAAAACCUUGAAAGAAAACCAUAAGAACAAGAAGAAAGGAAAGUCUUGGCAGAAAGAAAAGCAAUCAAAGCAUGGAGAAGAGGACGGGGAUGAUGUAUCUGGAAAGAAGGAAAAAAAUGAGGAUGUUAAGGAGACUAUUAUUCCAUUGACUUUCGAGGAGUUUGUGCGGAAGAAGUUCAAUUGCUUUGUGGAAUGUCUGUACUUUUGUAUUGAGAAUUUGUAUAUACACUUGCCAAGCUCUCUUAUUUCACUUGAGGUAGUUGGUAAGAUGUUCGGAGCUUAUCAUUCUCUUAAAUAUUUUCAGAAUUUGCUGUGUAAUGUUUCGAAGGAAGUAUUACUGAAUGCCCACAAACAAGAUUCAAUCUGCAAAGGUAGUAGCUUUAUGAAGUUCAAUGCUGAAAGGAUAAAGACCCUUCAUCUGCUAAAAUCGCUUCCUUCAGAAUUUCCAGCUCCGAAUUCUACAGAGGACUAUUCUAAGGACAUUAGGGGGAUGACUAUAGAAUUCUGCCUGACGAAUGCAUGCCUGGUUUUUUGUACCGUGUCGAGUUCUGCAAAAUUGCACAAAGUAGGGGCAGCAAACCCUUUUGAACUAUUGGUUAUAGAUGAAGCUGCUCAGCUUAAAGAAUGUGAAUCGGCCAUUCCUCUACGACUUUCUGCUAUCCGUCAUGCUAUACUCAUUGGAGAUGAGCGGCAACUUCCUGCAAUGGUGCAAAGCAAGGUUUCGGAAAAGGCAGAUUUUGGAAGAAGUUUGUUUGAGAGGUUGGCUUUGCUUGGCCACGAGAAGCACCUUCUUAAUGUUCAACAUAGGAUGCAUCCUUCCAUAAGUGUGUUUCCGAACAGGGAGUUCUAUGAUAAUCAGAUUUUGGAUGGUCAGAAUGUUAGAUUUGAAAACCAUGGUAGACAUUUCCUUUCAGGAGAAAUGUACGGCUCUUACUCCUUCAUAAAUGUACCGCAUGGAAAGGAAGAGUUUAAUAACAAGCAUAGCAGAAAGAACGUGGUUGAGGUUUCUGUGAUCUCUGAUAUAGUUGCGAGGCUUUACAAAGAAUUUCUGCGCACAAGAAAGAAGGUAAGAAUAGGAGUGAUUUCACCAUACAAGGCACAAGUUCAUGCAAUUACUGAGAGAGUUGGGACAAAAUAUAGUUCAGACGCUCGAAGUGAUUUCUCUGUAAGUGUUCGCUCGGUUGAUGGAUUCCAGGGCGGUGAAGAGGAUUUAAUAAUAAUCUCUACUGUUAGAUGUAAUGUGAGUGGAUCAGUUGGCUUUCUUUCUAAUCGCCAGAGAACAAAUGUCGCCCUAACUCGUGCAAGGUAUUGCCUUUGGAUAGUGGGGAAUGGAGCAACUUUAGGUAGCAGUAUGUCUGUUUGGGAGAAACUAAUCAAUGAUGCCAAGGAGCGCAGCUGUUUUCACAACGCUGAAGAGGAUCAGAAUUUGGCACAUGCUGUGGUAGCCGCUUUGCUUGAGCUUAACCAGAUAAAUGUUUUAGUUAAUGCAGAUUCACUUCUGUUCAAACGUGCCAAGUGGAAGGUGUGCUUCACUAGUGCGUUCUGGACAUCAAUGAGAAGAGUUAGAAACAAAGAGCUGAGAAAGAAGGUGCUUUCUUUGUUGGAGAAGCUGUCAAGUGGGUGGCGUCAAUCGGAAAAGGAGAGAACACAUGUUGUCUUACACAGUGGUGGAAGUUUCUCCCUAUUUGUAGAGCAUUACAAGGUUAAUAAACAGUUGUACCUUGUUUGGGCUGUUGACAUUCUCAGGGAAAUUUCACAUUGCACUCAGGUUCUGAAGGUUUGGGAUAUUUUGCCAUUAUCCGAUAUGCCAAACCUAUCGAACCAGCUUGACAUUUUUUACGGAAGCUAUACAAUGGAGCAGAUGACUCGCUGCAUUCACAAGUCCGGUGAUGGGAAUUUGUUUGUUCCAAUGAAAUGGCCAGUGGACUCAAGUUCUCAUGAAGCAGAUACUGUACAGUUCUUGUCAAGGCCAAUGGCUUCGCUAAGUUUAAGGGAUGCACCAGAGACAUCAUCAACAACUAAGAGAUUCAGAAGUCACUCAAACUACCAAAAGAGCAGGUCCAAUGUGGCUACUCAGACAUGGCGAGUUUUGCACAAACACUAAUGAGGGGAACUGAAUUGGCC